AUGAUAUAUCAUUUUAUGAGAGGACUUACAAUAAUUAGUACCAUUAUUUCAAAUACAACUGAAAAUAUUUGGACUGUUCUACAACCAAAGUAUUUGGAUUCGCCAUCACAAGAAAAAUGGUUACAAAUAUCUGACAGAUUUUUUGAGCUAUGGAAUAUCCCGAAUUGUGUGGGCGCGAUUGACGGUAAACAUUUUCGAAUAAAAUGUUUACCGAAUACAGGAUCAUCCUAUUUCAAUUAUAAAGGGUAUUUUUCUAUUGUGCUCAUGGCUUGUGUUGAUGCCGAUGGAUUAUUUAUGACGAUAGAUGUUGGUGAAGUAGGAAGAAAUAGUGAUGGUGCUGUAUUUUGA